UUGUCCAAACCACGUUCAAGCAACUGUUUGAAACUGGUCUGCCAAUGAUGCCAUGUGUUAUUGGAUACAUAUCACUUGCUGUAGGGCAGCACAAGAAUAGUUUAUUCAAUAUGCUCUAGGAUGGAAGUCAGUUAAAUGACAACAAUAAGCACCAUAACCACUACAUUGCAAUUGUUAUGGUGUUUGAAUUGAUCCUUUAAUCAAAGAUGAAUACUAGUCAAACUAAUUUGACUCUCUUGAGGCUGACCAGAUGAAAACCGUUAUAUAAGUGGUUGACCACAUUCCCUCAUGCAGCAAAUUAAUUAUACCUACUACAGACCAACAACCUUUUAUAUACUGUGCUCAUGAACAAGAGGGUAGUGCAAUUCUACAUGCUCACCAUGACUACGCUUCGAUGGGCUCGUUCUCUUCAGCUCACAUUAGCUGUAAUUAAACCAGAUGCUGUGGCUCAUCCAAUCAUCUCUGAAGCUGUUCAUCAGAAAAUUCUUGACAACAGUUUUCUUAUAAUAAGAAGAAAAGAACUUGAAUGGAAAGCAGCAGAUUCACAAAAGUUCUACUGUGAACAUAAAGGGCGAUUUUUCUACCAGCGACUGGUGGAGUUCAUGUCAAGUGGUCCAAUGCAGGCAUACAUCUUGGCUCACGAGGAUGCCAUUCACUUAUGGAGAAACCUAAUGGGUCCAACCAAAGUUUUCAGAGCUCGCAUUACUGCACCGGAUUCUGUGCGUGGAAGUCUGGGAUUGACAGAUACUCGGAAUACUACCCAUGGAUCAGAUUCUUUUGAAUCCGCUUGUCGAGAAAUAUCUUUCUUCUUCCCUGAGUUCAACAUAAGUCAUUGGUAUCAAGAACAGGAGCCUUUUUACCGAGCCGGGCCUGUAUCAUAUGAUGAGGAGAAGCUAGAACAUCGACUUGUGAAAGUGUAAACCGAAAAAACAAAGCUUGCAGAAGUUAUGUUUCCAUGUUACUCGUGUAAAAUUGCAGAAACAACUAGAAAUUUUCUCAUGAACUGUGAGACAUGCUGACAAUACGUGCUCUACUCUUGAAAUAAACCUGUUACCUCUAUUUAUUUACAUAAUAUUCACAAAUGUUAAAAUAUUACCUCAUCUAACUGAACAAUUAUUCACUUCAGUUGUCAUUUU